AUGUCUGAGCCUACCCCACCCUUCAAGGUAAUCUCUGUUUAUCCUUAUACCUCAGAUUAUGAAGACGACUUGCACUUCGAUAAAGAUGUUGUAAUUACUGUUGAAACAAUUGAAGAUGACGAAUGGUAUUUUGGUACCUAUACCGAUUCCAAUGGUAAUAAUAAUGAGGGUAUUUUCCCUAAAUCCUUUGUUCAAAUAUUUACUGGUACUAAUAAAGUAGAACAACCAAGAACUACUGAAGAAGCACAAGUCAUUGAUGAACCACACAUCGCUGAGGAAUCACACAUCACUGAGGAAUCACAAGUUAUCGAGGAACCACACAUCACUGAGGAAUCACAUAUCACUGAGGAACCACAAGUUAUCGAGGAACAACAUGUUCCUCAUAAAAAUAACCAUAACCCAUUCUUAAGAAACACUGCUGGCUCUAAUACUUCUAGCAGCACCGCUUCUAAUGAAUAUCGGAAAAGUUUCAUUCCAGAUAUUCCUAAAAACUUUAAAUUACCAACCUUUAAUGAAGAAGAUUCUGAAAUUAAAAAUAGUCAGGUUAAACAAAUUUCUGCCAAUGAAUUGCCUAAACAGUCAUUAGCCGAUAAAAUUCAAUCUAUAAAGAGGCACCAAACCGAAGAUGAGUUUGGGACUAGUAAUAAUAAUGAUAAAUCUAACAAUGCAGUUAAUAAUGAUGGUACUGGAUCUGCAAAUGGAUCUAAUAUUGAGGCCAAUAGUGAAUCUAAAAUGUCUUUGAAGGAGAGAAUUGCUAUGUUACAAGCACAACAAAAACUACAAUUGUUAAAAGAACAGGAAUUAUUAAAUAAACAACAGCAAGAGCAACAACAGCAAGAGCAACAACAGCAAGAGCAACAACAGCAGGGAGGGACAGACCCAUCUGAAGUGAUUACUGGUGGUGAAACCGUACAAAAAGAAAUUGAUGGUGAAGAUGAGGGAGACCAACGUACUUUAGAAAUAUCAGAUGUUAAAAUCCAACCAAAAGUACAAGAUACUAUACCACCACCAAUCCCUCAAAAUGGCUCCGCUUCUAUUCCUGACAACUCUCAAAAUAUUGAACGGGAGCAAUCGGCUGUUGAAGGGAACCCCGAAAGUGUUACUCAAGACUCUGAUGCAAAGGAAAGUUUUGAAGAAAAAGAACCAGAAACAGAGCAAGGGCAGAAACAGACUGAAGAAAAUGAAGAGGAAGCUCGCCUUACAGCCUUGCGGGAAAGAAUGGCUAAAUUGGCUGGGGCUGGAAGAUUUGGACUAGGUGCUGGAAAUGCUUUUAAUCCCUUUGGUAUGCCGAUGCCUUCCGCUAAACCUACGAAGCCAAAUACUAAUUAUGUUAGCAAUAAUACUAGACAAAAAGAUGAUGAUGAAAUGACCUCUUUGCCUCAAGCAAUUCCAGUCAUGCCAUUUGCCGAUCCAACUGCGUUAAAUUUAUUAAGCAAAAAGAAAACACAAGAGCAAGUAGAAAGUAAAACAAAAUCUGAUGAGAAAGAACAGGAAAUUAAUGAAGAUGAACCUGAGACACCAACAAUGAGUGAAACUUCGGGCCAUGAAUAUAAAAAGUUAUUGGGUGGUGUUAAUCCACAUGUUCAAAAGGGCAUGCCUUCAAAUACGAUCAACCCAUUAGAUACACCUGGUGAGGAAGCUGAUGUCGAGGAGAAUAUAAUUUUGGAUAGAAAACAAUCUAAUUUAUCUGCUUCUGAAGUUGUUUCACAAAAGAAUAUCCCCGGCUUAGCUUCUGGUACUGUUGAUACAGAUGGAAUAAGUGAAACACUUGAUCCUCUCUUUGCCUCUACAAAAAUUGGGGAUGCACAAGAAGCUGCAGCACCAGCCGUUUCUCAUAUGAUGGAUGAAGUACCAACUAAUACUAUCCAGGAAUCUACCGGAUAUAUUUCCUCUUCUGAAGGUGGUGUAACUUCUGAGGGUAUGGCAAAUGUACCUCUGAAUAAUUUUUCUAAUUCCGGUGCACCACCGAUCCCAAAUACAAACAAAACUUCAGAUAAUCCUGACACUUCAAUGAGUGGGACUGAAGAAGAGGAUGAUGAAUUUUAUGAUUCAAGCGAAAUUGCAUCCAAGCAUAAGGAUUCGAAUAUUUCCGCAAAACAACAUUUUAAUUCACCACCAACGUCAAAUGUAAAUACUGAACAGGCUCAAACAACUGGGGCUGCACCACCACCUCCUCCUCCUCCCCCUUCGCAUCGAUUAAGUUCUACUGCCGGAUCUAUGUCAUUUGCUCACUCUAAGGCACCACCACCUCCUCCUCCAGUUCCAUCGCAUGCACCAGUUCCGCCAACCUUUACAGAAAGUCAGCACGUUCCUGCAGUACCUGCUGUCCAGACCAAAGCAUCAGAAGUUGUUGCACCACCUAUUCCAUCGGGUAUUCCGCCACCACCAGUUCCAUCACAUGCACCAGUUCCACCAACUUCGACAGAAAACCAACAACUUCCUGCAGCACCUUCUAUCCAGACCAAAGCACCGGAAGUUGUUGCACCACCUAUUCCAUCGGGUAUUCCACCACCACCAGUCCCAUCACAUGCACCAGUUCCACCAACCUUUACAGAAAGUCAGAACGUUCCUGCAGUACCUGCUGUCCAAACUAAAGCACCAGAAGCUGUUCCUCCGCUACCAGUUCCAACUUCACCCUCUGGUGCAGCACCACCAAUUCCAGUAAAUGUGCAACAAUCUCCAAUUAAGCGUUCUUCGACCGUUGAAUCGUAUCCCCUAUCUGCCAAGAGCGGGGAUACACCAUGUUGUGCUUAUGAUCCAAGUGAUAAUUCACAAUGGUGGAUGCGUGGUGAAUUGCCCGAAACUUGCAUUAAAGGCAGCAAAUUUAAACAUAUUUAUGAAGUUCAAGAUAUUAAAGUGAAAAAGAGAUUGGGUGAAAUAUGGAGAUUGAGAGACUAUUACAUUUUAUUUGAAGAUUUUUCGCAGUUACAGCUAUCUUUUGUAUUUACUGGAGACUCCUCUAAAAGACCAUUAUUUACUCAAAAAUUUAUACCUUACCAAAACGAUUUGAGCAAGCUUGAAGAGCUUGGAAAAACUAGCAAUAUUCAAAUUUUCCAAAAAACUGUUGGGCUUUUGAAUCAACCUAUUAGUGAGGGUACUAUGGUUACUAAAGUUUUGUCUUCGUUAUUAAAUGAUUUUGCACUAAUUCCAACGAUUGGUAAACGGACUUUUGGUAUCUGUGUUUUCCGUUAUUCCCCAGAAUCCGCUGCUAACAAUCACUUUAAUGAACAGGAUUUGAGUAGAGUUAAGCCGGGUGAUAUUAUAGUGUUAAGAAAAGCUAAAUUUCAACACAAACGUCUUGUUCAUAGUUCAAGCACGAAAGAGGUAGGUGAAAACAACACUUUAUUUAGUGCUAUUGUUACUGAAUACGAUUUUUCUAAAAACAAAUUUAGAGUUAUUGAAGAUAAAGGUGGAAAGGUUGUUCAAAAUAGUUACAAAUUGGCUGAUAUGAAGAGUGGUAAAUUAAGAGUUUUUAGGGCUGUCCCGAGAAGCUUUGUUGGUUGGUAA